GCGCAGCCCAGUGGCAGAAGAGGGCGAGGCUGAGAGAAAGGCUGAGCUGAAGGAGAGGGAGGCAACCGGUCCUCCCCGAGAGCCUGCAAGAAUGCGGCAGGGGGCCUGGGGCAUGGGGAAGUACUAACUCCCCGAGGCCCUGUUCGGGGCUUGAGGACCUGGCCCGCGGGUGAAUUUCCUGCCAAGUGCAGCCGCGAAGCAGAGGCGCCUGGAAAGCAGAGAGGGACGCUGGAGGUGCCCAUCCCCAGAGUAGGACCCACUGCGAACGCGGGAAGAAGAGAGGCGGGAGUCGUGAAAAGGAAAAACCUGUCUCCAGAUUGGCUCUGGAGCUUCGAAGAGACUGAGGCGCUCGGCGCCAUAGUCCUCAAUGCCUCUCUGAACAGCCUUUAGGAAGAGUGCGAGAGAAAGAGAGCGCGCGCCAGGGAGAGGAGAAAAGAAGAUGAGGAUUAUUUGCAGACAGAUAGUCUUGUUAUUUUCUGGAUUUUGGGGACUCGCCAUGGGAGCCUUUCCGAGCAGCGUGCAAAUAGGUGGUCUCUUCAUCCGAAACACAGAUCAGGAAUACACUGCUUUUCGAUUAGCAAUUUUUCUUCAUAACACCAGCCCCAAUGCGUCAGAAGCUCCUUUUAAUUUGGUACCUCAUGUGGACAACAUUGAGACAGCCAACAGUUUCGCUGUAACAAAUGCUUUCUGUUCCCAGUAUUCUAGAGGAGUAUUUGCCAUUUUUGGACUCUAUGAUAAGAGGUCAGUACAUACCUUGACCUCAUUCUGCAGCGCCUUACACAUCUCCCUCAUCACACCAAGUUUCCCUACUGAGGGGGAGAGCCAGUUUGUGCUGCAGCUAAGGCCUUCCUUACGAGGAGCACUCUUGAGUCUGCUGGAUCACUAUGAAUGGAAUUGUUUUGUCUUCCUGUAUGACACAGACAGGGGAUACUCGAUACUUCAAGCUAUCAUGGAAAAAGCAGGACAAAAUGGUUGGCAUGUCAGUGCUAUAUGUGUGGAAAAUUUUAAUGAUGUCAGCUAUAGGCAACUUCUAGAAGAGCUUGAUAGAAGACAAGAGAAGAAAUUUGUAAUAGACUGUGAGAUAGAGAGGCUUCAAAACAUAUUAGAACAGAUUGUGAGUGUUGGAAAGCAUGUUAAAGGCUACCAUUAUAUCAUUGCAAACUUGGGAUUCAAGGAUAUUUCUCUUGAGAGAUUUAUACAUGGUGGAGCCAAUGUUACAGGAUUCCAGUUAGUAGAUUUUAAUACACCUAUGGUAACCAAAUUAAUGGAUCGCUGGAAGAAAUUAGAUCAGAGAGAAUAUCCAGGAUCUGAGACACCUCCAAAGGUUGGGUACUGGAAUGAUAUGGAUAAAUUAGUCUUAAUUCAAGAUAUGCCCACUCUUGGCAAUGACACAGCAGCUAUUGAGAACAGAACAGUCGUUGUAACCACUAUUAUGGAAUCCCCAUAUGUUAUGUACAAGAAAAAUCAUGAAAUGUUUGAAGGAAAUGACAAGUAUGAAGGAUACUGUGUAGAUUUGGCAUCUGAAAUUGCAAAACAUAUUGGUAUCAAGUAUAAAAUUGCCAUUGUCCCUGAUGGAAAAUAUGGAGCAAGAGAUGCAGACACAAAAAUCUGGAAUGGGAUGGUAGGGGAACUUGUUUAUGGGAAAGCAGAGAUUGCUAUUGCCCCUCUGACAAUCACUUUGGUCCGAGAGGAGGUCAUUGACUUCUCUAAGCCCUUCAUGAGUUUGGGCAUAUCUAUUAUGAUCAAAAAGCCUCAGAAAUCUAAACCAGGAGUGUUUUCCUUCUUGGAUCCUCUGGCCUAUGAGAUUUGGAUGUGCAUAGUCUUUGCCUACAUUGGUGUCAGCGUGGUCUUGUUCCUAGUUAGUAGAUUUAGUCCAUAUGAGUGGCACACAGAAGAGCCAGAAGAUGGAAAGGAAGGACCCAGCGACCAGCCUCCCAAUGAGUUUGGCAUCUUUAACAGCCUCUGGUUUUCCCUGGGUGCUUUUAUGCAGCAAGGAUGUGACAUUUCACCCAGAUCCCUCUCAGGUCGAAUUGUUGGAGGUGUUUGGUGGUUCUUUACACUCAUCAUUAUAUCAUCUUAUACUGCUAACCUCGCUGCUUUCCUGACUGUUGAGAGAAUGGUCUCCCCCAUAGAAAGUGCGGAAGACCUGGCCAAACAAACAGAAAUUGCCUAUGGAACAUUGGAUUCAGGGUCAACAAAAGAAUUCUUCAGAAGAUCAAAAAUAGCAGUGUAUGAAAAGAUGUGGACCUACAUGCGAUCAGCAGAGCCAUCAGUGUUCACUAGGACUACAGCUGAGGGAGUAGCUCGUGUCCGAAAAUCCAAGGGCAAAUUUGCCUUUCUCCUGGAGUCCACUAUGAAUGAAUACAUUGAGCAGCGAAAGCCAUGUGACACAAUGAAAGUGGGAGGAAAUCUGGAUUCGAAAGGCUAUGGAGUAGCAACACCCAAGGGUUCUUCAUUAAGAACUCCUGUAAACCUUGCCGUUUUGAAACUCAGUGAGGCAGGCGUCUUAGACAAGCUGAAAAACAAAUGGUGGUACGAUAAAGGUGAAUGUGGACCCAAGGACUCUGGAAGCAAGGACAAGACGAGUGCCUUGAGCCUGAGCAACGUAGCAGGCGUCUUCUACAUUCUGGUUGGCGGCUUGGGCUUGGCAAUGCUGGUGGCUUUGAUAGAGUUCUGUUACAAGUCCAGGGCAGAAGCGAAGAGAAUGAAGCUGACCUUUUCUGAAGCCAUAAGAAACAAAGCCAGAUUAUCCAUCACUGGGAGUGUAGGUGAAAAUGGCCGCGUCUUGACACCCGACUGCCCAAAGGCUGUACACACUGGAACUGCAAUUAGACAAAGUUCAGGAUUGGCUGUCAUUGCAUCAGACCUACCAUGAAAACCAAAAAAAUAAUUGAGUGCCUUAAUUAAACUGUGUUGGUGACUGAUGGAAACGCAGCCCUGAGGGACACGCUAAGUGCAGGUCUUCGCAAACCAAUCCUUUGGCUGAGAGCGGGAAGUACGUCCUAAGGCGCCGAACAUCAGCAGCAGCAACAUGUGCAUGAGCUCAGCUCGGAAACCCAAACUCAGAUUUUAUAUCAGGAAAACUCAAAAUUUAGAUUUUUUUUCGGGGAGUGGGUGGGGGGAGCUGGGAUGGGUGUAUCAACAGCAACAGAUUUCACUUGAGUGGACCUUAAAACUUUAAAUCAGACAUGCGAGUUAGCACAUUAAACUGUGAAGUUCUUGCUCAGAAAGGCCUCAGUCUUCACUCCAAAGGAUAAAAUAGUUACAGAAGUCAAUGAAUAUGCUAACCUGUGUCUCCAGAACACCCGUAUAUUCAAUGGAAGACUAUCCAGCCAAGAAAACAAAAUCACUAAACUCUGAUAAGAAAAUAAUAAACAAACAUGUAAAUUCUGUGAAAAAAUUUAAAGGAAGUAUUUACACUUACUUUGGAGAAAACAAAUACUGAAACAUGCUUGCUUUUUAACUGACGUAAAUUCGGUAGAGGACAACACAAUUCUUUUUUCUAACCAUCUUAGGGAACAAUACAUUGCAAUAAUUGAAAUAAAUGCCAUCACUGUAAGAAACUUUAGAGACUUUUUUAAAAUAAAAGUUGUUGGUCAUCUUCUUGUUUGUUGUAAACUUCACUCUGUCACAUGAGUCAGUGUCCACAGAUUACAUUUGUCUCACUACCAGGAACAAAAACAAAAUGAAGACAACAUUAACGUAAAAUCAUCAGUCCACAAUGUAGACUCAGAAGAGACUACGGGUCACUCAUGUUAUCUAUAUUAUUUGUAAUCUUGUUCUGUGUACAAAAUUGUGGUUUUUGUACCCACCAAAAAGAAUAAACAACAGACAUUCUUAAAAUAUUUACAGAGCUUAAAGUUUUUUCUUAUCAUUAUAAAAGUUAUUUGAGAAAUUGUAAGACUAUAGAUGGGAUUGUAGAAGUAAACUGUGGGCCAUAUUUAAAAAUGUAGCAAGCCCGUAUUAUUUUUGCAUAGUAAGCUACUCUUUUUAACAGAUCUUUGCUUCAUUAGCAGUUAAAUUGUCAAAGAUGGAGUGUUUAAAUUGGGGAAUGAAUCAUUGUCAUAACAGCAACAUACCCGGUAAUUAUGUACUGAAAUUUUACUUGGCUGUAUUUUGCUGCAUAAAAUAAUGUGUCUCUUGGGCUUCUCUCCCCAUUCCCACUGUUCCAUUUAAAUCAUUUGAAGCCACUAAUAAUAUUUUGUGGUAGACAACAAGAAUUAGUCUGAAGAAUUAGUAUGAAGAAUUAGUCUUUGUUGGAAAUUAUACAUGUUUAUUUACAAAAAUCACCUUAGUUACGUAGGGAUUAAAUUAACUUGGUUCAAAAGGAGGUUUAGAUCAUUUGAAAUAAUAAGUACCAUAACACAGAUAAACAUCACAAUACUUAGAGAUCUGGGUAGAAAGCACAAGACAGGAUGAUUUUAGAAGUCUGGCCUUGAAGGAUGAGUUGAGUUUUCAUAGGUGGAGUUUUUAUAGGUGUUAAAAACCUUAUAGGUGAGCAGUGACCCAAAGUUUGGCUUGUCAGUGGAUUGUUUAAGGAGUAUAUGCAAUUGGAUGAGCUGGAGAGAAAUGGGUGUGAUAUCAUGGAAGAUAAAAUUGGAAAAGGUGAAAGACUGAUCACUUUGCUUCAACUCUCAAGAUUCUCAUCUCCCAUUCAAUUUCUGUACUGCAGUAAGAGCAAUCUUAAAAAGUGCAAAUCUGAUAGCUUACACACACACACACACAAACACACACACAGAGUUCCCUCAGGAAAAAUUGCAAGCUCUUGAGCAAAGCAAAUGAAUUACUUUAUAAUCUGGCCCUUACUUAUUUCUUCCAUGAAUUCUCUCCCCCCUACCCAACUUCUGCUGCCUAUAAAUGAACCUCAAAAGCAGGGACACUGAAUUUACUAUUUCCUCAAUCUAUAACACUUCCCUAUUUCCUCUUUACCUGACUAACUGGUACUCAUCCUUCAGUACUCAAAUCAUAUUUUACCUGCCCCAGGAAGAUUUCCAUGACUAUCUACCAGCCCCUGCCCAUGAGACUGAGUUAGGUGUCCUUUUGAUGUUUUGUCCCCAUCACAGCACUUACCAUACUGCAUUGUAAUUGCCUGUGUACUUGUCUGUUUAACUACUAGACUGUAAGCUCUUUGAGGGCAGGGACUGUCUAUAUUGUUCACAGUUGUAUCCCCAGCACCCAGCACAG